UUGAUAAGUCACAGCUGAGCGGACUAACUCAGGCGUUGUCAAGCAAUGUCAUAAUAAUUUUAUAGGUGUAGUAUAUCACGACACCCUUUUCAACCUAGACCAUGGUAUAAACAAAAUCAUCACAUAACCCAUGGCCUCCCUUUUGGUGAUGUUGGUGGUGUGUCGUUUUUACACUUGAGUAACAUAUGAUUGAAGAGGGUCUAAUCUCUCCCAGCUCAGCCAACAGCGUCUGGAUGCGCUGUGUGUCUGUGAGCUUGGGGCUGUCUCGGGUUAGAGGUCUAAAAUGGCCCUCAGUCUUUCGAGUGACAGCUGGAAUCCUGGCUACUGCACUUUAUAGCUGAAUAGUACAUAUUAGGGGAAUUUAACUUUGGGUAAUACAAAUUUGGGUAGUGGAUGUUAAAUGGAGCAAUCUGCCCAAAUCAGGCUGGUGUGAACAGAUAUCAGGUUACACAACACUGAACUCUUUCUUGUUAAAUCCCAUGGAAACCUUUAGAAAAUAAACAUAGUGGGUAAAGUGUAGUUGACACAGUAUUUGACCCUUGGAGAUUUUGUAAUAUUGUGAUGGCGCACUCUGGUUAUCUUGUUCAACUACACAUCAUUCUGAAAUGCUGUUUAUGCUUUUGUUUUUCUCAGAUUAGACCAAAGCCUUAUAUUACAAACAUCAUGUUUUCUCCCCUGCUAAGCCUGUGCCUUUAGCCGUAGGUGGAAUAGUACUCUAUUUUUCUGCUUGAUAAAGCGUGCAGUUGGCCAGCAUGUAAGCUCUGCCUUUUUUUUCUCUCUCUCUCUCUCUAUCUCUCUCUCUUUCUCUCUGUUUGUGUGUUUGUGUGUGUGAGAUGUGUUGACUUUAUAUUUAGACCUAAGUCUACCUUCCCUGUGUAGAGACCCGUAUGUGUGUGACAGUGGGAGGUUGGGUGGAUCAAACAAUGGCAGUUGGUAUGCAAACCAGUCUGAGUCCUAUCCACUGUGUGUGUGUGUGUGUGUGUGUAACUGAGAGAGAGAGAGAGACAAGAAGAGCGAGAGAGAGAAGACAGAGACACAGAGAGGGUGGUGAGCUGAGGGGAGUUCAGUCAUGAGCUGGCCAGGCGGCGGAGGCGGAGGUGAGCGCGUCGAGCCGGACCCCACCCCUUCUUCUCCCCCCCGUGCCCCAGCCUCGGGCCCUGGCCCCCGGCUCCAGGUGCAGCGCUCGCUCUCGCGCGACACCAUCACCAUCCACUUCUCCGCCCAGGGCCGCGAGGACGACGAUGACGACGAGGAGCUCUACGGCACGCCGCUGGCCACGGCCCUUGAGGCCAGCGAGGAGUUCAACAGCCACGAGGCGGCCUCCUCCUCGGCCGCUCCGCAUGCCCACACCCCCGCUGUGGCCAUCCUGCAGUCCUCCCCCUCGGCCUCCUCCUUCUCCUCCAUCAGCUCCUCCUGGCCCUCCGACGCCCCUCCCCAGGCCCUCGCUGGGGCCUCCACGCACCCCCUGUCCUCCAGCGCCUCACCGGUCCGAGUGGCGGCGGCGGCGGCGGCGCCACCAGCUUCGGCUCUGCCGUCCAAGCCCUUCCUCGGCCUGGUCAAGUCCCUCUCCUCGGACGUGGAACCCCCAGUGGUGCCGGCGGCUGGCGUCACAUCUCCCUCGGCCCGCCAAUCGCAGCAGCGACGUCACCUGAUGAAGACGCUGGUCAAGUCGCUGUCCACCGACACGGCCAAGCCCACCGACGUGGACUCGCGCUUCAACCGCAACCUGUUCAAGUCCUUCGGCCAGUCGCGCCCGGGGGCCCUGCACUCGGCAGCGCCCGGGGGCUCUCCCUCGGCAGCCAUGGGCGACUCCAAGACGGCGCCGUCGUCGCCGCUGGCCUCCCCGCUGGACGGCCGGCCGUCCUCCUCGUUCUUCAAUGUGCCCGAGGUGGAGGCGCGCAUCGAGGACACGCGCCGGCGUUUCUCGGAGGUCAUGAGCGAGCCGCUGCACCUGCUCAGCAAGUUCAUGGGCGAAGAGGGUAGCGGCUUCGCCGCCAGCACGCGCACAAGAACCCUCUCGUCCAGCGCCAGCGAGCUGACCAGCCUGGCCGGCCUGAACGGACACCCCGAGAGUGGCAGCUACAGCAUCAAGGAGGAGGAGGGCGACAUGGAGGACGAGAGCGAGGACAGGAGGGAGUGCAGCAGCUACAGCAUCCCCAGGGUCAGUCGGAUGGUCUCGUGUCCGGGCCUGGAGAUGGGCACCAUGGCCUCGGUGCUGCCACCGCCCCCCCGCUCGCCCUCGCUGGCGCUUGACCGCUGCAUGUCGGCGCUGGUCAGGCAGGAGGACGAGGAGUUCUGCGAGCUGUACAGCGAGGACUUCGAGCAGGAAUCAGACACGGAGACCGAGGGGUGGCGAGCGGGCGAUGGCCAGCGCCGCCACAGCAGCCUGACGGGCGCCUACAGCCAGGGCGACACCGACGACGAGGACGAUGAUGAUGACCAGGAGGAUGACCAGGCGCCCGGCGUGCCCCAUAACUGCUUGCUGCUUAUCAUUUCUGUGGUGUACGGCUACUUUGUGCUGCCACUGCCACCCUACGUGGAGGCGGUGCUGAUGGGCAUGGCUGCGGGCUUCAUGCUGGCCAUCCUGGUGGUGUGGCUCUCGGCCCCCCGCCACUCGGCCUUCACCUACUCCUCUUUGCCCAGUAGACGCCGGGGUGACCGGUGGAACCUGACGCCGCUGGACAUCAAGGAGCCAGGGGUUUUUAAGGGCUGGAUGAAUGAGAUCCUGAGCUAUGACCCAGAGACGUACCACGCCACCCUUACCCACUCGGUCUUUGUGCGGCUGGAGGGCUCCACGCUGCGCCUGUCCAAACCCGGUCGCAACAUCCCCCGUCGAGCCUCCUUCAAUGAGCCCAAACCCGACGUCACCUACAUCAGCCAGAAGAUCUAUGACCUCACUGACAGCAAGAUCUCUCUGGUGCCUCAGAGCCUGGCUAGAAAGCGCGUGUGGAACAAAAAGUACCCCAUCUGCAUAGAGCUGGGCCCCCAGGAGGACUUCAUGGCCAGGGCCCAGGGAGACCGGCCCGAGGCUGGGGACGAGAGGCCCCCCCCUGGGGCUGAGCGGUCGGAGGGCGGCAGUGCACGGAGCGAGGAGACGCUGGUGCGGAGGUCGUCCGGCGACCUCACGCUCUACCUCUUCGGACGGACUGGACGUGAGAAGGAGGAGUGGUUCCGGAGGAUUCUGUUUGCGUCGAGGUUCAAGUCAGAGGCGAGGAGGCCUACCAGCGUAGCGGGGGUUUUCCUGCCCGCUCACGGGGGCCUGUCUAAUAGCCGCAGCAGUAGUCGGGGCAGCCUGGAGGAGGCGCUGCAGCCCCAGCCGCCGCGGCCCAGGGAGCUGCCCGUGGGGCUCAAGCUCAAAGUGCUGGACUACAGUGUGUACAUGGCCCAGUAUGUGAGCACAGGUGCCACCAGUCGCCCCGCCAGCCCCUUGCCCAGUGCAGCCAGCAGCCCAGGGGCCGGCAAAAAGGUGCCUGACAAUGAGGAGGAAUGCUCUGAGUCUGAGGCCUGGGUGAACGCUCUGCUUGGGAGGAUCUUCUGGGACUUUUUAGGGGAGAAGUACUGGGCCGACAUGGUGUCCAAGAAGAUCCAAAUGAAACUGAGCAAGAUCCGGUUGCCAUACUUUAUGAAUGAGCUGACAUUGACCGAACUGGACAUGGGCAUCACCAUCCCCAAGAUCCUGAAGGCCUCCAGACCCUAUGUAGAUCAUCAAGGCUUGUGGUUUGAUCUGGAGAUCUCCUAUCACGGCUCCUUCCUAAUGACGCUGGAGACAAAGAUGAACCUGUCCCGGCUGGGGAAGGAGGGAGAGGGGCUCGGUGAACAGGGGAAAGAGGGGCCAAGGCCGAGGACGUACUGCUUGGCUGACAGUGAUGAAGAGUCAUCUAGUGCUGGAUCAUCAGAUGAAGAGGAGCCGCAGGAAGUUUUCACAGAUAAAGCUGUUCCUCCUGGGGCCGAGAGUUACGUUGGUGGCCACCGGCCCAGCAAGAUCAUACGCUUUGUGGACAAGAUUGCCAAGUCCAAGUACUUCCAGAAAGCCACUGAAACGGAGUUCAUCAAGAAGAAGAUGGAGGAGGUGUCCAACACCCCUCUGCUGCUCACCGUAGAAGUGCAGGAGUGCAAAGGGACGCUGGCUGUCAACAUCCCUCCACCCCCCACCGACCGAAUAUGGUAUGGCUUCCGGAGCCCACCGCACGUUGAGCUGAAAGCUCGACCCAAACUGGGAGAAAGAGAGGUUACUUUUGCCCAUGUGACCGACUGGAUUGAGAAAAAAUUGGACCAAGAGUUCCAGAAAAUAUUUGUCAUGCCAAACAUGGAUGAUGUUUGGCUACCCAUCAUGCACUCUGCAAUGGACCCGCGCUCAAACACGAGUCUGGUACUGACAACGGACACUUUAAAGGAAAGUGAGCUCUCCUCUGACGCUGAGCUCUCCACUCAGAGUGACAUGUGACAAAACAGCUCUGUUCAGGGAAAGGGAAGAAACAACAUUCAUGGAAGAGUGAUGUGGUGUUCCCUGGGACGCAGGUCACCAGUGGACAUAGAAGGUGAAAGCAGAAGAAACUAAUGGCUUCCUCUGGACAAGACUUUUGAAGGAGAGUUGAUGAGAGAAUGGGGCCAUGAA